GUCCGAAACACUUUCCUGGCAAAUCCAGCUCUCCACUUGUUGAAGCCGUUACGUUACGCGGGGUGGUCCGCUCGUCACCACAAUUGCAUGUUUACAAGAACCCGGCUUCUUUGUCGUUGGAGGAAUCGUGGUAGGCAUUACUUCUCUGCUUAUCUCCAGUAUCCGUUCUUUAUCGUGCGAUACUAUGAAGCUAUGUGAUAUCAUUCCCAUCGUGGCUCUCUGCGGAACGGUCGCGGCCGAGAGCCACGACAGACGUCCUCUAUCCUAUGCGCCGAAGCCUGCUGGGCAAUACAUAGUGCCUAAACCCGAAGGCACGGAGUCCCUCCUCGACUUCAUUCGGUCAAGAAGUGAUCUGAGCGUCCUCGCCGAAGUAAUUGCAAACAGCUCUGGGUUUACGGAGGCAUUCGACACAAUCCCGACGUGGGACUAUACCUUCUUCGCGCCUUCAAAUGCAGCAUUCAACAACACCGGCCAGUACUUCAAAACCUUCUCAGUCACGCCGAAGGGCAAGUUCUGGUUGGGUAAUGUCCUGCAACACCACUAUGUGCCCAACACGAAGUUGAACACGACUACUUUCAACAGCACCUACACUCGGUUCCAGACGGGCACUUACUUGUUUGUGGGUGCACAGACUGUUGGUGAUAAUGUUGUUCUGAACAAGGCGUCCACUAUUAACGAAGGGAAUCUUCCAGUAACCAAGGGGAUCGUGCAUAUUAUCGACCGCAUUCUGGACCCGUCAGCAAUGAUCUUUGAAGCGGAUAUUCUAUGGACGACUCAAAAGUUUAUCGCUGGAAGUUGCUCAAACCCCAAUUUGGCUUACUGCUAGGAUACUGAUCAUAAGACACAAUGAUUGGCAACGACACGCCUCGUUACUAAGCAGACCUAGCGUGGUCGGGACUCAUAGAAAUGCUUGUCAUACGAUGCUGAAUUCGAUUUCUCAAACAAACACGCAUUGUUUGAAAAGUGAUUUGGCCCUGCGUAAGAUGCAAGUGGGAUGCAUGUAGCCAGUAGUGGCGUCUUACUGCACACAUAUAUACUCGGAAGCACCCGAACAACUCGGAGCAACUUUAAGGUUUGACAGGUCUCGGAUUCCAGCGUCUCUGAACUCAAAUAGUAUAUUUCGAG